AUGUCGUAUUUCAACAGCACAGAGUACAACACGGGUGUCUGCCCCUCGACGCACCCCAAUCACACCAUCUCCCUCUUCUAUGAAGUACUCUACGACAUAAACAGGUUCGCGGACAUGUGGUACAACAUGUCGUCAGGAUCCAAUUAUCAGCCGUUUGUCUUUUCUAACGGCGAUACCACCGGCUACGGUUUCCAUGCGGCUUUCGUGAACCGGUGGGCGGUCGACGUGUUGCAGCGCGCGACGACAAUGUGUACGAGCGACUCUGGAAACGUGGAGGACUGCGGUAAAGUCACGCAGUACAGCUACGACGAGUGCAAUGCGUGCAAGCUGCCUUUGGCCGUCGACGAGAAGACCGAUGGAUGGGUGGAUAAGCUGCUGGGUUGCAAUCCCGUAAGCUAUGGUCCAGGACCUGCUACAGGGCCGACAGACUGUCCGCCGUCUGCAGGGCACGGGCCGCCGGUGAAGAACUACGUCGACUUGACUACGUCUCGAGGGUGGAGAUAUGCAUGA